CUCUCCAUCCAAAACCCCCCAAACCCACGCCAGAAAAAGGCGAGAAAGGGAGAGAACAAAGCAAAAUUUGGGUUCCUUUUCUCUCUCUCUUGCUGAGAUGCUAAAUCCCCCAUCCAAAGCCAUUCAUAUCCUAAACCUAAAUUUUCAUCAAAGAAUCUCAAACGGAAAAGAAAAAGGGAUGCAAAUCUUUGGAAGGCAUUUUUAUGGUAUAAAAUGAAAUGAACGGUGGUGGAGAUCCAAAACCCAUUUUCCUUUUGCAUUUCUUAUCAGGACGUCGAAGGAAAUAGGGUGAUCGCAAACCAUUGUUGCUUUCCAUUUUCUGUUGGAGCAUAUGCCGAUGUUUGAGCAGCCGGAGGAGGGAAAUUAUAGCCCUAUAAUUUCAUUCCAGAGGAGUGGGUCGUUAUCAUGCCCGAUUCCCUACUUGAUCACUGAUUCCCGUUCUCGCAAAAGUUUUUCUUACAGUAAGAUUCCCCAGAAGCCCCUCAAACUAACUGUCAUCAAAUUGGAUGGCUCCUCAUUUGAUAUUGAAGUGGCGAAAACGGCGACAGUGGCGCAGCUUAAACAGGCGGUGGAGUCGGUAUUUAGUCAUUUGCCGAAUAGGGGGCCAAAGAAGAUCUCAUGGCCUUUUGUAUGGGGACAUUUUUGCUUGACCUAUGAUGGCCAGAAACUACUUACUGAUACUGAUGAUAUUGGGAUUUACGGAAUCAAGGAUGGUGACAAGCUUCAGUUUGUCCGGCAUCUCUCAAUUAGCUACAAUAUGGUGAAGGAAAGAUCAAAAAAGGAGGAUCCUGAUUUGGAUGAACCCAGUGUAUCAGAAGACUUCAAAGACAGACAAUUGUAUAGUGAACAGGACAUCAGUUGUAAUGAAAGGGAUCUCGAGGACCAAGAAGGUGUUUAUGGUGAUGAUGACAAGGAUAGUGGACUUUUCACGAAUUGCCGAUACAAGUUGCUCCAUUUGUUUAAAGGGUGGUUCUCAUACCGUAAGCUUCCAAGUUCAUAUGUGAGAGUGGAAGAGAACAGUGUUGUAUCAAGAUUGUCGUUCAGUUCUUUAGGAAGUUUCGGAGAUUCAGGGGCUUACAUUGAUGAGUAUGAUUCUGAACACGAGACUCAGAAGGCACAGUAACAGAUGUCUAUGUGUCUCUGGAAUCUUCAACAUCAGGAGCAACACAUUCAUAUCAAACUGGUGGAGCUCCAGUAAAUAAAAGUCCUAUCAUCUCACCUUAUAAAGAACAUGUCUUGACUCACAUGUCUGAGAAGGUGAUAGAAUUUAAUUAUCAUGGAGGCUGGGUCAACAUCGUCCAAGAUGUUAUAAGUGAUGUCAACGACGCAAAGCGAAUAUCAUGAUUCAAGUUUGGCAUCUCUUUGUAUCACAGCUUCUUCCUCUGAAGUGAUUGCUGAAUUGAAUAUUGGGCUUGAUAACUGUAGGGUUCUCUUCAUUCCGGUGCCGUUCUUCUGUUGAUGGUCCAUUUUCUCUCAGCCAGCGGCAAGUCGAAGAAGCUAAUCUGAGUUAGGACACAGAGCAAUGAAUUAGGAAUUGCAUUUUGGCCAUGUUGUUGUAGUGCAACUGAAGCAAUCCUUUUCUUUCUUUUUUCUUUGUUUUUUGCGCAACAGAGCUGCACGACUAUAAUUUGAUCGGCUACCUCAGGGGGCGUGGACUAAAUUAGGAAUAGUCCAACGUACUCUCUGGCAAGUAAGCCGAGUCAUGCAAUCAAGUGUUGGGGGAAGUGCAGAAGCACCAAGGAUUAACCUGACUUGGUUUCCAGUAAUCUUUGUUUUCACUUCACAAUCAUAUUGUAGACAUUUGGUUCUGCUUUUGAUUUUAUUACACCAUUUCAGGAGA